CCAUAUUUCAGCUUUGAUUUUAUAUGACGUGCAUUGUUUUUAAACUAUAAUAAUUAUAGUAAAAAAAGAGUAAAACUAAAAACAAACGUAGUGAUUAUAUUAUUCUCUUUGGUAAAAACUAAAGAGUUUAAGUAAUAGAAUAGAUUAACCUAAUAUAAUAUAUAUAUAUUAUUAUAAUAAAAAUAUCAUGGUUUUAUUGUUCAUAUCUAAAAAUUUAAAUUUUUCUGCGAAUUUUAAAGCAAUAAGAUUCUUUAUUUUAAAUUAAAAGCAAAUUGGGUUUUAACUUUAAUAUUCUCAAUUCUCAUAUGUGAGACGUCGCACUCUUAUCUACUUGUCUUCUUCCUAUCUUUCUGGAACGUAUCUGUUGUUUUUGUUGUACCAAAAUUUUAAUACAAUGGAUUUUAGUUCAUUGAAUCCAAUAACUUCAAACUCCUUAAAUUUAGCCGCUAGAAACAAUGAAGUGGAAGUAGUGAAAAAACUCCUUAAGAAGAUUAAUCCUAAUUGCAUUGAUAACAGAGGAUGGACCUGUCUUCAUGAAGCAGCUGCUCAUGAUACUUAUGAGAGUUUAUUGAUAAUACUAAAGCACAAAUAUACUAGGCCACUUUCAGAAACCCAUGAAGGACAUACAGCACUUUAUUUGGCAUGCCGCCAUCAAAGUUCACUUAAAACUAUAGAAGCAUUACUGCAACAUGUUCCAGAUAUUGCUAAUUAUGGUAGUACAGAGGGUGUUUGUCCUUUGCAUAUUAGCAGUGCAUUGGGUAGACUAGAUGUUAUUCAACUUUUAAUAGAUUAUGGUGCAAUGAUUGAUGUUCAAGAUUUUGAUGGUGAUACUCCACUGCAUGAUGCCACACUAGGUGGCCAGCAUGAUGCAGUUUCUCUCUUACUAUAUGCUGGUGCAGAUCCUGAUAUAAAAAAUGAAGCUGAUUAUACACCAUUUCAUUUAGCAUGUUAUAAAGGAUAUUUGGAAAUAGUAAAAAUUCUUUUUCCUUUUGUAUCCAACAUCAAUCAGACCACAGAUAAUGGUGUGACUCCACUCAUAUUAGCAACUCAAGGAUGUAGUCUGGAUACUGUUAAGUUUUUGUUGUUGAAUGAUGCCGACCCAUACAUUAAAAACAACUCUGGAUUAACAGCACUAUCGACGGCUCUGGAAGUGGGACAUAGCGAUAUAUUCAGAAUAAUCCUUGAAACAAUGGAUAUAAGCCUUGUUGAUAGAAAUAUUAUAAUGAAAGCCUGCAAACCUCAUUAUUUUAAACUGGAAAUUUUAGAAUGUCUUUUGGACUUUUAUCAUGUUGAUCCUGACUUCUUUGAUUUCUAUGAACAAGUUUAUUUUACUCUUGAGAAAAUUGGUGAUAUAAUGCCCAAUUAUGUAUCAAAUUCUCCAGUGAAUUCUUACUUAAACAUUUGUGAAUAUAUAUACAAAAGUGAUCCACAAAAGUUUAAAGAGUUUUUCAAUUUGUUUUUAAUUGGAGGCCCUGUUGUGAAUCCACUGGAUGCAAAUGAAUGUCCACCUAUAGUAUACAUACAUUACUGUAUGCAUACACAUUGUUUUCAAGAAGUAUUCAGGAUAUUGACGGAGCAUGGGUGUAAUGUAGAUUAUUGCAGCUAUGCCAUGUGUGUAGACAAAGACAAGUGUAUACCGGAUGCAUUUAUAGCUUCCAUUACAGCAGACACAUCAACUAUACCAAUCAUGUUGCCAUACAGCUUGUAUUGUGAGCCUGGAUAUCUACUUCAGUUUGCCAUUGACAAUGGUGUUAUAGGACGACUGUCUGAAAAUGUUCAGGAUCAGAUUAUAUCAAUGAUUGGUUACAACACUAAGGAUGUUUCAGCAGAGAAGUUGGCAUAUGUUGUGCAUCCUCUAAAACAUUUAUGCAGGCUGAAAAUAAGGUCACUUCUAAGAAAAGCAGGGACACAAUCGACAAGACAGUACUUUGUAGCUCUCAAUGCACUGAGAUUACCGCAGUUGUUGAAAAAUUAUUUACGCUAUAGUUCGUUGGAUUGUAGUUUUUGAAUGCAAUGCAUGAAUUGUUUAAUACCAGGUUUUGUGUACUUUCCAAUUUGACAAAUUAUUGUAGAUAUAUAUUAUUUAUUUAAAUAAAACACUUUUUAAGGGAUUAAAACGCGUGUAAUUCUGUGUUAUGUUACAUUUUUAUUAUUAUUUUGCAUUCCCCCUGAAAACGUGCCCAGAAAGGUCACAAAACGUUAAAGCUAAAAUAAUAUGAUAAAAAUGUAACUUUUACGCAUAAAACUAAUACAAAAACACAAUUAAACGCGUUUAAAUCCUUUAAAAAGUGUUUUAUUUAAAUGCAAAAUACUACCUCUAUUUACUAGCUGACUGAUAUGUUGUUCUGUACAUAAUAAAUAAAAUAUUGUUUUUUUUUUUCUGAACUUGCCAAUUAUAUUUCAUAAUAUCAAGAAUUAUUUCGUAAGAUAUGCUCCCUGUUGUUAUAAUGAAAUUGUGUCACAGGAGAACUGUCAAACCGUGCGUAUGUAAUUCUUUUAAUAGAAAAUAUGUCAAUACAAAACAAAUAUUGGAAAUAAAAAUAAUUAUGGGUCCCAAAUCGAAAUAAAAACUAUCCUAUCUCUCAAGUUGGACUAAACUGCACUGAAUGAAGUAAUCCCCAUUAAAAUCCGUUCAUCAGUUAAGGAGUUCAUUGUAAACAAACAUUAGGGCACUGGAUAAAAUAUAUAAAGAUUUUUAUGUAAGAGGGGGCAAACGGCAAGGGACUCACGCGAGACAACCACCCGUGGACAUCCGUAAAACCAGUAGGUAUUUUUUUUUUACUUUUUAGUUGCCACCCUACUUUGUGUGUAUGUUCGAAGUUGAAACUUUUUUCUUUUGAAUUUUUUAAUGCGUUGCUAGCUAGGCUAGGCCAAACCAAACUAAUUUAAGUCAAAUUAAUACAUAUCUUACGGUGUUACUAAAGUUUCUUAUUUUGUGCAUUUCUGUUGUCAGUAAUGUAAAACUAGAGUAGGUGGUACCUACUCUAGUUAAGUUUAAGUACGAUCCAAAUAUAAUUAGAUAAUUUAUUCUUAUGAGAUAAUUUAACUUCUUGGUAUAAGACAACGCAUCACAAACAGGCAAAGUUUACUCUAGCUUGCGUGACAAGCUACAUACACUCGCGAUAUUUAUGUCACUGUUUUUUGUCGACGUGUACAAAAGUAUCACACAGUCUAUCUAGUCGUAUAAAUUAUAGAAUAAAUACUUAUUAUUAAUUAAUUUUGUCUCAGUGAGUUAAACAUUUUUGUUCCGUUUGGUGGAGAGACCCUUGGCCCGAAGAAUGUACAAAGUACUAUCUUCGCGCCUCAAUAGGGCUACUGGAAACCCAAGCUGCAGCUAGCUGGCAGCUAUUUCGGUCAACGGAUCAGCCUAGCCAUCCAACGCGGAAAUGCUGCCAGUAAUCUUGGUACCUACGCUUCCCUGUAAUGAUAGUUUUAAUUUAAUGUAAUCAUAGUAUUGUAAAUAUAGUUAAAAGAUUUGUUUUGUUUGAUUAAAUGAUAUAAGAAAUAUUAUAA